AUGCACUCCGCCUUGCAGUUCGCUCAUCGUCUACGCUCGUCUGCAGCGCGCCUUGUCCGUUCGCGGUCCACUACGGCAGCACCUGCGUCGCUUGCUGCAUCAUGGGACCGUCCGUUUCCUUCCAUUCUCGUUACCGCUGAGGGAGUGUCUGCUCAGGGUUCGUUUGCUGAGGCGCAGGCCAAUUACUUGAAGCCUGACAUGCAAGUGGUUGAAGAGCUGGACACGCUGUUACAUGAGAAAAAAAUGGGGAUCGUCGCGCAUUUUUACAUGGACCCAGAGCUCCAGGGAAUUUUAUCAUCGCUUUCCUGGCCGCAUACAUUUAUCGCUGACUCACUGGCCAUGGGAGAAGCUGCAGCAAAGAUGGCCAAGAAGGGCGUCCAGUCAGUGGCCGUGUUAGGCGUUGAUUUCAUGUCGGAGAGCGUGCGUGCGAACUUGGACUCGAACAACUUUGAGCACAUUCCAGUGUAUCGCCUGUCGGAGAAAAAGAUCGGCUGUAGUUUGGCUGAGUCGGCGGAGAAACAGGCGUAUCUUGCGUACCUACAAAAGGCUGCCAAGACCCCCACCAGUCUGCACAUUGUGUACAUUAACACGUCGCUUCGUAGCAAGGCUUUUGCACAUGACUUGGUGCCGACGAUCACUUGCACGUCCUCGAACGUGGUGCAGACGGUCUUGCAGGCUUUCGCACAGGUCCCGGAUAUUAAUGUCUGGUACGGACCCGACACGUACAUGGGUGAGAAUUUGCAGCAGAUGUUUGAGCACAUUGCGCAGCUUCCGGAUGAAAAGAUCCGUCAGAUUCACCCGCAACAUAACCAGACGACCAUUGCGAAGUUGCUCACGCGGUUUGACUACUUUAAAGAGGGCAAUUGCGUCGUGCACCACAUGUUUGGAGAUAAGGUAACACAACGCGUGCGUGACGACUAUGAACAUGCUUACUACACGGCUCACUUUGAAGUGCCCGGCGAGAUGUUUACACUGGCAAUGGAUGCGCAGAACAAGGGUCGCGGUGUCGUUGGCUCGACGUCGAACAUUCUUAACUUUAUCAAGGCCAAGACGGCUGAAGCACUAAAGAACCAGUCUGGAGAAAGGCUCAGUUUCGUGCUAGGAACGGAGGCCGGCAUGAUCACAGCCAUCGUGCGAGGCGUCACGGAGAUGCUGAACGCGCAUCAGGGUGGUGUGAAGCCGGAGGUUGAGAUCAUCUUUCCUGUGUCGGCGGAUGCUGUUGCUAUGGAAGGCGACGAGCUGGUUCCUGGCGUUGCUGGCGGCGAAGGAUGCUCGACCGCGGGUGGCUGCGCCACGUGUCCGUUUAUGAAAAUGAACGACAUUGAUGCCCUGUUUCGCGUGGUGGAAAAGGUGUCUGUGAGCACGAACGGUCCUGAUCCACUUGCAAACUUUUACCCGCAGAAAUACAGUGAGCUCAUUCAUGGAAAGUCUGUCACGGACGUUGGCGUGCAACCCAUUUUGCACAUGAAGUCUUUUAUGGAUGGACAGAAGUUUUCAGACGCGCUGGUAAAGGAUAUUGUGUCACGAGUACCCGGCGCGGGCUGUCCUAAGUAA